AUGACGGAGAAUUUCGAACGUGCGCGGGGAGGUACAGCAAAUCAACCAGAGGGCCCCGAAAAGGCAGAGGCAGAGGGGCCACAAAUCAUUAGACCCCCACAGCAACAGAAAGACAGUAUGCGCAUACCCCAGCAUCGGGAAAGGUUUUGCGAGGAACUGUCGCAAAAAUGCGGUGGAGAAGAGACUACCCCCCCCCCGUCAGUUUCGCAGCGAGGUACGAGUUGGGAAAAAAGACAGAAAAACUAA